AUGAAGCUCGCUUUCAUGGUCGUCCUCAUGGUCGUCCUCACCCUCAUGAUUGUCGCUCCAGUUUCCGCUGAUGCCAUUAUGGCGCGGGGGGGCAAGAAACCGAAGCCCAAGGGCGAGAAGCCCGAUGAGCCAAAAACCGACUGCAAGGCAGGAUCCAAGAAGUGUGGUUCAGGCGACAAUGCCGAAGAGUUCUGGCUCUACAAUUGCAACAGCGCCGGCAGUUGGGAGCAGGGAACAGACUGUACUAACGGAUGCGUCGGCGGCCCAAAUGAUCCCCACUGCUGGUAG